AUGGGUGGUGCUGGUUUCGCAGUUUCCCAUCAGUCCAUCCUCAAGAUGUUGAAAACGUCCAUUACUCUUUCUCUCCUCGUACCUACCGUUGUUUGGGCUCAAUGUCAGACCUACGUCGUUCCAGGAACCCAAGGAGGCUUUACUCAGCGCAGUUUCACAAACUUUUCUUCAGGAACCCCCUCCCAAAACGCGCUCGAAUUUCUCGACGCGCAUGGCUUCUACGCAUCAGCGUACCCAAUCGAUGCAACGCCUAUUUCCCGCGAAUUCACGCAGGACAACGUGAAUUUCGGGACCGGGGCCUUGAACCUCAAAGUCAAUGCAUAUUCUGGUUCUGGGCCCGUGAUUGGCGCCGAGAUCGGUACCCUCGAGCAGUUCUUGUACGGGUCGGUCAGGACCGUGCAAAGGUCCAGUAGCGUACCUGGGGUCGUGGAGGGCAAUUUCUUUUACAGUGAGGCGUCCUAUAACUUCCAAGCGCCUAUGAUUGAUUAUGCGUUCACAGAGAGCAACACCCAGGAGAUCGAUUUCGAGAUCUUGACGAGCACAAUCUUCACUUCUACCCAAGCGUGCGUCCCGCCUGGAAUUUGGGCGUCAAACCAGCCGUCUACCAGGGCUACCAUCCUUUUCCCAUUUGACCCUAGGACCGCUUUUCAUGAAUACCGUAUUGACUGGUUCCCCGGUGUCACUAUAUUCUACCUCGAUGGCACGCAAGUUGCAAGGUUUACAACCGACGUUCCCAAUGUUUCUGGCCCUUGGCUCUGGAAUGUCUGGAGCAGCGGCGACGUCUGCUGGUCUGCUGGGCCUCCCACCGCAGAUUCAAUCACUCAAAUCCGCUCUAUUGAUAUAUACAAGGGCUAUACACAAACGGUUUCUGGAACCGUUUGCCAAAUUUAA